AUGCCCAAGAAAACAACUCUUAAUAAUAUGCAAAAACAUGAGCUUUGUGUAUAUGCUUGUGAUAAUAAAAAAACUCAAUUCCAAUAUGUUGAUUGGAUUAAGAAUAAGUGGAAUCUUAGUAUUAAUGAAAGUACAGUCUCGCGUAUUUUGAAGACAAGUAAAGAACGACUUGAAAAUAAAAUCAUUAAUUCUAAUACAAAGCGUCAUAAAACUGUUACUUACCCAAAACUUGAUCUUGCCCUCAAAGAGUUCAUGCUGAUUUAUCAGCAUCAGACAAUUUUAAGUGAUGCUUUACUUGUUGAAAAAGCAAAGGCACUUGCUGAUGGUUUGGGAAUUUCUCAAGAAGCAUUAAACUUCUCUCUUGGUUGGCUUUAUAAAUUUAAAAAUCAAAAUAGUAUUCGACUAUGCUUGUUUCAAGGAGAAUCUGUGUCUGCCAAUGAAGUAGCAAUUAGCAAUAUUAUGCCAGAUGAAGUUAAUAUUAAUACUAUUCGAAAUUGUUGGUACCAUACAAAAAUUCUUUCUGAAGAUACUAAUUCUUACUUACAAAGUUCCUUGGAAGAACAUCGUCAAGCCACAGACUCUGUGCUUAAUGACAUUGCAGAUGCACUUGAUGCCCUUGACUUCUUUGACCCUAUGCAAGUUGAUGAAUUUUUGGCAAUUCCUGAAGAAAACAUCAUUUAUGAAGUCCUUUCAGAUGAUUGA